AUGAACGAGAUGAGAUUGGGAUUUGAUGACCAACGACAUCAUCAUGAUCGUCGUCGUCGUCUAUAUGUUGUUGCUAUACCUGUAAUACAAAAAUAUGAAAUACUAUUGGAAAGGGACACUCUCUCUAGAAUAUAUUCUUCAUCAUCGAUCAACACAGCCGCCGCUAUCUUAUCUGUCUAUCUUAGUAGUCUACUAAAACUUGGAAAUAUACGAUCGUAUAUUGCGACUAUAAUACACUUUUGUGGUCUGUCUGCCUGUGGGUGGGUGUUGGAUAAGGAGGAGGAGGAGGAAGAGGAUGUCAGUGGUAAUAAUAGUCCAUCCUUUCAUUUCCUUUCCAUCCAUCCAUCCAAUCCAUACCCAAACUAG